AUGGGUAUCACUCAUAUCGUUCUCUUCCAAUUCAAAUCGUCUGCCAGUCCUGAAGCUAUCAAUGAUAUCUCUGAACGUAUGCUUGCACUGAAGGACGGCUGCAUUCAUCCAACCUCCAAGAAGCCGUAUAUCAAAUCUGCAUCCGGCGGUACCGACAACUCGCCCGAAGGGAUCCAGAAUGGCAUCACGCACGCAUUCGUCGUAGAGUUCGAAAGCGUCGAGGACAGAGAUUAUUACAUCAAUGAUGACCCGACUCAUGACGACUUCAAAAAACUUGCUGGCAAGGUCCUUGAAAAGGCGCAGGUCAUAGACUUUACUGAUGGGGUCUUCAAGCUGUAA